AGCCUGAUGAUGUGAGUAUGGAUGCUUCUCUGAGCCUGACGUCUAGGGUUCUUGUGCUACUCAUUAGGUAACGGGUCAGGAGGAGGCCAUGUAUGAGGCCAAGGCCACCGUGGCCAGUAAGGGCAAGAACAACGACCUGCCAGUCAAGAGCGGAGACCUAGUGAGCAUCAUCCGCACCACCAGCUGCCCAAAAGGAAAAUGGUUGGCCAGAGACAGCACCAACACAUAUGGUUAUGUGGAUGUGAAGAGUGUGGAAUUGGACAUUACGGAGAUGAUGGAGCUGGGUAAGAAGGGGACAGCGGGCCGCACUAACAACAACAUUCAUGUGGACGCAGAUACCCAACACUUGGACAGCGGGAUGUCUAACAACUAUGACUUGACAAAUGAGACCUUUUCAGAUGACGAUGACGAGUGGAAUGACGAUGAUGAGCAUGAACCCUCUCCCACUGAACUCACUGACAUUACUGACAAUGGCCCAUACAGCAUGCUCUCCAUGGCAGAGACAAUGAGCCCAGAACCCGAGUCACCAGAACAGACCCUGAGUGAUGCCAGCACAGACAACCAACACGUGCAAGCUCGACACCAAGCACUUCAGAAACUAGCCACCUUCUUCAAGCAGCCUUCUAUGUCAGAAGAUACCACGGCAGAGGACGACCCAAUUCCUGAGGAAGAGCCAAGCACUGAGGCACUUUUAAACAACUGCUUUACAGAGGAAGCGGAGCCACCAGUCAUACCCAUCUUGCCGCCACCAGACCUUUACGCCGACGUCAUCACUGAGGAAUUUUUAUACACUUACAGCAAUUAGCUUGCUGUAGAUGAGCACACAAACAACCCUAUAGUGGAUCAUCAGUCAUGUGUUUCCAUACCUGCCUGGGCUGGAUAAAAACAUCACUCAAGGAUGACAUGCUUCGGAUGCCACGCACCCACCGGCUCCUGGCCCAAACACUCACACGUUCCUACGCUCCUGCCCUGCAGCAAGGGAGUGGAUGGGUUCACUUUCCCCCCCAGAGUCUGUCUGAUAGGAGGUUUGAUUGGUGGAGGAACGGCAUUUUUAACGGCGUGUUCAUCCACCCUUAAGUGAAAUGUGCUGUAGUGAGUGCUGGGUCGCUGGGUUGGGAUAUAGCUGUCCUGAGAACGUGCUCCUCUGAAUCCUUGUGUGCCUGGUGCAUUAUGGAACUUUUGUGGUGAUCUUUCUGGUCUUUGUUCACAAAUAUCCUUUUUAUAAAUGUGACUUUAUACUGUAUGUGCGUGUAGGUGUAUUUUUUAAAGUUUAGUUUUGUAAAGUGCUCUGUGUGCGAGAGAGAAAAGGAUAGAGAUAAACUAGAUGAUUAAAUAUGGAUUAAGGAUCGUGGAUAAAUAUAAGUAAGCUUACUGCGGAGACAUUAUGCAUUACCUGAUGGGAUGAGUAUUAAUAUGCAUUACCUGAUGGUGUGAGUAUUAAUAUGCAUUGAAUCAUACAGCUUCUAUGGAAUAUCUGUCAGGUGUUUCUAUAUAGAUUGGAUGAGUGCUUUUGUAUGAAAUGUUCUUUUACAUAUUGUAUUAAACAACUGCAUGAAUACUGUAGUGCUCAUACUGCAAUUUA